AUGCACCCGGUGCAUCGGAUCAAAGUUUAGCGAGCACAGGGGGUCUGUGCGCCAGCGGGCGUGGAGUCGUAAACUUUAGUCGGAUCGCACUCCUUCCUUAAGCUCUCUCCGCGCCCGCCGCGCACCCGCCACAUCCUCUUCUCCCUUCAAUCCAUUCAGCAAAGAUGUCAGCUCGAACGAUGUGGACCCUUCGAUCCUUCCCCUCGUUCCGCAGCCAAGUUUAGCCUCGCCGCGUCAUUCCUACUCGUUCACUCGCAACCCGUGCCAAAGCGACACCACGAGCCCUCGACGGAAUCGAUCCACUGCUCUCGCCCCAUUUCCGCAACCUCUCCCCCGUGAUCAAGCUCACGAUCGCUUUCAUGGGCCGAAUCGUGCAAUCGCCUGAAUUCGACGUGGACACGUAUACGCACAAGGUGUUCGGAAAGACCACAAAGAACACAGCUACUGAAAGCCCAGCCUUUCUCGGAAUGACCACCGCCAUGCAAGACACGACCAUCGUCGAUCGUGCGAUCGCGGCGCUUGAGAACGGGGUCACUCGCGAUGCUCAAUGUGGCUGCGGUCAGAUCGCUGGGGUUGACGAGUUCGAGACGAUGAAACCGGGCGAGAUUCAGAAAUGGAUUUACGGAACUCGCGCAAAACGCUAUCUUGGCGACAAUACUUUUUCGGCGAAAGAUUUUGAAGUGUUGCUGCGUAGCGCCAUCAUGGAUCCCGUGCGGAGAUUUAGCAACGAUUCGAAUCUGUCGCUCGCUCCUUCGUCGCCGAAAUACCUUCGUGGCUACUCGCUCGUCCGCCGCCGAAGCGCCGACGAGCCCCAAGCUUCGUCACCGUCGACACCCACACCCCAGAAACUCACGACAGUAGUGGCGGGCGAAGGAAGCAACAAAGCUGCCUUGGAUGGAUUCGAAGCGAUCACUCGUGGUGGCGUAGACAUGCGCAGCGUGAAGUUUCUGGUCGAGGGUGUAGAGAACGGAUCUGUCAAGAACGGCUUGUUGAAUGUGAGUCAGGCUCGAUUGUGAUGAGGAGGGCCAACGAGCGUAUUGGAGCGUACCCUCCUUUCGGGCUGAUAACAUAAUUUGACUCUCUGAUCAACAGAUCAUCACCUUCUUGUGCAAGGAGAAUGCCCGCUUCGCUCUCCUCAUCGCUAAUCCGUACUUUUUGUUGGCCGAAUUCGGUGCGUGGGCGUUGGCUCAGUGGUGUUCCUGUAAGGAGUGUCACUGAACUGAUAUGUUCUCAUAAAAACCCCAGCCAAGAUUGAUGGCAGGAUGCACCUGCUCCUCGAUCGUGUCUAUUCGGCCCUCGACGACGGCUCCGACAGCACCUCCAAAGUCCCCCAUCGUCCCUGCCUCGCGCUUUUGAUCUCGCUGUUCAUGGAUCAUCAUCCGAGCUUCAAGAUCCCAGGCCCAGGAGAAGAGGUCAAGCGCAAAAUUCGUGAAAAGACGAGCUUGCUUCCCAAGUAUGACUUCAGUGGCAUGAAACCCAUAGUGUUGAAGUUGCAGCUUGACUGCCGGCGCUUGUUCGUGUUCUCCUCGCUGCUCCUUUUAGUUUUCCGCGGGCUCGAUCGAUCGCCUUCUGUCCCACCGGAACAAAAGACACCUGAUAUCUUCAGGCUGAUUCGUAUCUGA